AUGGCGGCUAGCACACAGAGUGCCGGGGUUGACGUCGGGGUGGCCGGCGCAGAGCACGAAACGCCGGAGGGUGGCUCGUUGUCCGACGCGGACCAAGGGGUCGGAUCGAAGGCAACACCUAGCAGCGGCGUUGCUGGUAGCAGCCUGGAUCGAUUCUUGUUGUUGCUGGGAGAAGACGACACGAAGAAGCUUGGCGCUUGGAUGUUGUUUGCGCUGGUGCUGUCUAGGCUUCGGUACUUCUACGGGGUGAUGUUGGGCACGUUCGUGAUGUCCUACAUGGGCAACUCCGCGAUUGAAGUUUGCAUGCGGAAGGGGAACAACUUAUUGAAGAGGGCGGGUGAACGUCUGGGGUGGAAGCGAUUGCCGAAAAAGCUGCCUCGGUCGGGAUACGCCUCCGUGUACAUCCUGCUGCUGAUGACGGUCAUCACGUCCCUGACCGUCAUCAUCGCACCGAGACUCACGGUGGAGUCUCAAAUCCUGGUCCAAAAACUGAGUGAGCAGGACAACCCCUACGCCAUCAUCGCGUCAUGGAUGAGGAGCAACUUCGGAGAGGAGGCCUUGGCAAGGCUGGAACCGUUUUUGCUGUCCGUCACCGGAGACCAAGGCAGGAUUUUCGCAGGAUACCCGGACAGCUCGUUGGUGACGAUCGCGUCCAAGCUCCAAGAUAAGGCUGCGUGGGGCGAGCAGCGCUACGCGCGCUUCGCCAAGCUGCUGCAGUUCUGUUUAAGCGACUACUUCAAGAAGGGGCUCAACAUGUGCAGUACCGUGGUCGGAGACCUUACCAAGGUUCUCUAUAAGGCGAUGGUUUCCCUGCUCUUCAGCUUCAUGGUAAUCUGGGACUUGCCCAACCUUCGACGGGGCGUGACUGCCCUCAAGACCUCAAGGCUCAGCUUCGCGUACAACACCAUAUCUCCCCAGGUGAGCAUCUUUGCCAAGCUGGUUGGGCAGAGCUUCGAAGUCCAAUUCACGAUCGCGGUCAUCAACACCAUCCUCACUACAGCAGGUCUGAUCGCCCUGGGUGUGAGCGGGCCACUAGUGCUGUCCUUCAUCGUGUUCCUCUGCAGCUUUGUGCCUGUCGUCGGCGUCUUUAUCUCCACCCUGCCAAUGGCUGUCGCUGCUCUGGGUGACUACGGCAUGUCCAAGGUUUUCCAGAUUUUGCUGAUGAUAUUCGGCGUGCACGCUGUUGAGGCCUACUUCCUUAAUCCACAGAUCUACGCGUCGAAGCUGAAGCUUCACCCCGUCGUGGUGAUCGGAGUCCUCUACGUAGCCGAGCACCUGGUCGGAGUGCAGGGGCUAAUCAUGGCGGUGCCGUGCGCUGUCUUCGUGAUCAACAACGUUAUCCUCGGCAACGUUGGCGACGCUGCCGCGGACAAGAGCGACUCCAUCGCAGCGACUGCUUAGUCUAGCGCCCCUAGGUCGGCGCCGUUCGGACUAUUUCGCUCGGACAGGCGCUUCGCGUAGUGAACAACGUUGGAGAGCUGCGUGGAAUCGCAUACGCUUUGGUGGAUUAGGCUGUAAAAGGUUGUGUUGGUACCGGUUCUCGAAUUAUGUUUUUUUGUUUUAGGGCGUGGGACUGUAGAUGGGUUUAACCUGUUCCCGAACAUAAGUUUCCGCAAGACCGGGGUAGGUGUAUAUCGGCAUGUGAGGCGGCGGGAAGAGCGCCUGGGUCGUAUGCGGGUGUGGUUGCAGUAUUGUCAUAGAGGCAUGCCUACGUUCCCUGUGGCCUGCGGGAGGUGAUUGGCUGCUUGAUUUAGCGCUGUACACCACUGCUGUGGGUGAUUAGGAAGGCAUUUCGAGGGAUAAAAAUGUAUUUGUCUCAGUGACUGGGCACAGAUCGUACACUUGGGCAUCGGCACCAUGCGAGGCUGAAGAGGGGUAAAUAGUCAUUCAAAACGAGUCCGUGUUGUACGAUUUAGAGGGGGGAAAUUGUGUACUUCAAGUCAUGUGUUGGGCGUCUCUCUUGCGUGAUCCGUGAGAAAGGCAUUUGUUUCUUCAAGGCUCUCUUGUAGUUUAAGCAACUAAGCGCAUCGUCUGGAUGAUUGCAUUCAUGCUGGGCCUUGUUCCUGGAGUGUUGCCGAAGGUGUCAUAUGCAUAUGUCGUGUUGCACGGCGAGGUCGACAAAGGGCUUAUCGCUAUACAUACGU